AUGGGAGACCCUCACAACGGCGCUGCCUUUGAGGCAGCAGACGAAAGGAAAUCCCUAGAAGAUGGUCUAGAGAAGCCGAGAAUAUUGCCUCCGGACUUGCCGACGUCGCUGGACGACAGGCGACGAGCCCCGGAAUACGCGGGUGAGACGGAGAUGUACGACGGCUGGCAAGGACAAUCGCAGUACCUAGCAACACCGAUCACCGCUAAGCCAUUAUCAUUCAGUCUUACGCUUGAUGACCAUUCUCACGAUGAAGAACAUGACUUGCGCGCUCGAUACGCACAGUCAUACUAUAGCAGAGAUGAUGACGAUACUACAGCACGAUUGGAAGAUAGUGAUGCUAGGUUACUGGAAAUGCUAGCGGCGCAAGCAGCACAUCGCGAAAUGGAUUCCCUGGGCACAGACGAAGACGAUAUAGCGUUGGAUGAGAAGCUCCCGGAUGACGAGAAAAGCAUUAUAUUGCAAAAGAGCCUCAAUAUGGCUGCCAGCAAUGGCGACGUUGAACGAGUACAAAAAUUGGUUAAUGGCCAUGCUCGCAAAUAUGUAGACGUUAAUAAGCCGGACGAAGAAGGGACAGUGCCCUUGAUAUAUGCAAGUUGCUUUGGCCAUCAAGAAGUCGUCUCGGCACUACUUGACGCUGGAGCAUUUGUCGAUAAGCAGGAUCGUAAUCAAUGGAGCGCAUUGAUGUGGGCCAUGACCAAUAGACACAAAACGAUAGCAAAAGUGCUUCUUGAUCAUGGGGCUUCCCCUGAUAUCAAAUCAUCAUCGGGCGGAACGGCGUUGGAUUUCCUUCAACCCGGAACGGACAUUUCGCAGUAUCUACACGACAAUGGAUACGAUAUUGGACCUGUGGGCAUUGAGGAUGAUUUUUACGACUCUGGAUUUAGCCAUGGCCGCUUCGAGGAGGAAAUGGCUCAGAAUGAAAUGAAGCGGCGUAUGAUGAUGGAAGAAAGCGCACUGAAUCUUGAGGUGGAUUUGUCCAGUCUUGGGCUAGAUGAGAAAAUCGAGGAACCUGAUGAAUUCGAAGACGAUCAACAAGAGUUUGUGUGGGAUAGGUGCUUGAAUGACCAGAUGUUUGUCUUUCAAGACAACGAACUAGAAAAGAUAUUGGACAUAAUCAUUACCAACAUGACACCGCAACGGUCACCUUCUCAAAAACCAGUACCCGCGAACUUAUUAUUUCUAAGCGCUAGGUAUGCACACUACCAUGCCAGUCCCGAGUUACUGGCGCAACUUUUGUUGUCUGCAACAGACAAGAUCAACGACGUCGUGGAGCGUCACCAAUGGGAUAUGACAAUAUUGGCCUUCUGGAUAUCGAAUGCUACCCUGCUUUUGCAUUACCUCAAAAAGGACCCGGGGCUUAUGGAGUCCACGGUUGAAUUCCAGCUACAUUUAGCGGAACUAGUAAAUGAAAUUUUUAUUCUUAUCAUUCGCGACGCCGAACGCCGAAUGAACCGUGUUUUAGAUCAAGCUAUGCUUGACCAUGAAACAAUACCAGGAUUGAAUGACGUUACUUUCCAAAACGAAUGGAAAAUCUUCAAAUCGAAGUCGAAACCAAAAGUUGAACCUCCCGAGAAACGAUUUCGUCCACCCUCACCCAAACGGCGUGCACAGGUGUCACCCCGAAAUAUCACAUCUCUCCUAUCGUCUACGCUAUUUGUCCUGGACUUGUACGACGUUCAUUCGAUAAUCACAACACAGAUCAUUUCCCAAUUGCUUUACUGGCUAGGCGCAGAGAUUUUCAAUCGAAUUAUGCUAACCAAAAAGUACCUAGCCCGCACAAAAGCAAUGCAGAUUCGGAUGAAUAUAUCAGCCAUUGAGGAAUGGGCUCGGAGCAAUAACAGGCAACCAGAGCACUACGAAAAUGGCUCGAUGACCACAACAGGCGAGACUACAGUAGACGCUGCACGGAAGCACCUUGCACCAGUGAUACAGCUGCUACAGUGGCUACAGUGUUUUUCCUCGUUAGGAGAUGAUCAUGAAGCCCUCAUCACAACUUUACUGCAACUACAGCAGCUUACUCCGAACCAACUUCUUCAAGCCGUCAAAUCAUACCGUGCAGAGGUUGGCGAGAAAGGUCUAACAAAAAACGCAACCAAAUUUCUCGUUUCUCUCGAACACGACCCAGACCUCCUAUAUCGCGAACAUAUGAAACUACAAGAGCCUCCUAUUUCUGCUACAGCCUCUUCUCAGCCACCUUUAUCCUCGCCAUCCAGCCCUCAAAAAAUAAAUACAUCGCAUCCAACUUCCGAUUCCGCGCCCGAAAUCACACCUGCAUCCGAUACGCACGAAAAUGAAGGCCCAUCAACACCUCGAAGCAGCAUUUUUCUACACUCCCCCAUCAUGUCAUCUCCCGGCCACAACUAUUUUUCAUCCUCUGGGCCUGAAAGCUACCUCCUUGAUCCCUCCAUGACACUCCCGUUUCUUCUACCCACAAGUACAGACAUGCUGAUUAGUUACGGAGCUGGGUUUGGCGGGGUAAAUAGAGAGAGGGCAAGGAAAUACAUUCCAACCGUCCCAACCGAGGUACUGAGCCGUUUUGAUCGCGUGUGA